UUGGGCCUUGAAAUGUUGGUUUGCUGCCUCCCUGCCUCUACUUUUGUGAUAAUGAUGCUGCUAAAGCUGUUCCAUGCCUAUUGGCCGAAUACCCCAAGCUUGUAAUUAACCGGAUAAAACCUCACACGCACGUCUUGGAGAUGCUCAGGGCUUUGGAGCAGAAGCCCCUCUGAGCCCGCUGGUGUAAUAAAUCUGAGUACUCCAACCCUCCGAGUGGUGCUUGUUUCUUGGCUGGCCUGUCAUUUCUGUAACAGCUUCUCCUCUUCUUCUCUGUCACCAUUAUCUUCUCUCUUCUUACGCAGAAAAGAUGGGCCCAUGGCUUCUGGGACGCCUUCUCCUCGUGUUGCUGCUGGGACUGUGGUGGGCAGUGCCUCCCCUUUGUGCUUUGCCUGAGGGUCUCACCAGGGCUCGAUGGUUUGAAAUUCAGCACAUACAGCCGAGGCCUCUCCAGUGUAACAAGGCGAUGAGUGUUGUCAAUAGUUACACCCAGCACUGUAAGCCUGAAAACACCUUUCUGCACACCUCCUUCCAGGAUGUGGCUGCUGCCUGUGAUUUGCCAAACAUCACCUGUAAGAACGGCCAGAACAAUUGCCACCAGGAUCCGAAGCCCGUUCCCCUGACUCAGUGCAGCCUCACUGCGGGGAGGUACCCUGCCUGCCGCUACCGAGAGGCUGCCCAGUACAAGUGCUACAUUGUGGCCUGCGACCCCCCUCAGAAGGGCGACCCUCCCUAUGCGUUGGUUCCUGUGCACUUAGAUAAGGUUGUCUGAGGUUUCCAUCACUUUCGUUCUCACUUGGCACAAAUUCUCUUAUGAUCUUUUCUGAUUUUUCUUUGCUUUUGCUGAUUUUCCUGGCUCCCAGAGAAGGAAAAGGUAGGGCGUUGAAAGAAUUAGAGUGAUGAUAUCAGACAGUUUUCUGCUUUGGAGCUCAGUGUUUUGAAGGCAGACAGAAGGGAAGAGGGCAAAGAAGGGUCCAGGCCUCCGUAUUUUCAGCCUUAGAACUUUGCUGCGUUACAGGAGAAAAGCAAUUUUAAUUACAUGUGUACGUGCGGGAUCCCUACAAUUACAUGAGACUCAAAAGACACAGGAAACCCGGAGGGGCUCAGGGUCCGUGUCUGCAGCGGCGUCCCGAGACCAGGCCUGGGGCCGGGAGGGUUGCCCUGGCUUAGAGACGCCACGUUUCCCAGGGAAAAUGAGCUAAGUAGACAACCCAGUACAUGUCUCCUUCCCACAGGGUGUGGGAAAGGCAAUUGAGUGUCAGGUG